AUGGUGUCCCACCCUCCGCUGUCAGAGAAAAGGCUCCUGAUGGGAAGAAUGCGGCCACGGGGUCACUGUGUGCAACAGGAAGGGAAGAUCUGGGACCCAGCGGGGGUCCCAGUGCUGACCGGUGAGCCCGGGGGGACGGAGGAGCAGCCGCCGGAAGCUGCGUCAGGAGAGAGGAGCACAGAUGUGCCAUCUGAGAUGCUGGGACGGGGCGGCUGCACCCAGACUGCGCAGAGGCCCCGCGAGAGCAGACAGGGCCGGGGUGGUCUGCUCGGCGGCGAGGAAGGCAGGGGUGAGCUGGUGUUGGCAGGGGGCACGCGGGAGGAAGGGGGCUGGGAAAGGGCCUCGUCAUUCGGGCCUGGUCAGAGGCUUGCCCACGCCGAGCAGAGGGGAGCCUCGGCUCAGGGCCCGGGUCCUGGCUGUCGAGCUCCCGUCCUCUCCGCUAGUCGGGGCCACGAUGAUGAUUAUUUUCACAAUGCAUACUUCGUGCUUUCCUUACGCAUCCAGCUGCUCAUGGCAUGCAUCACUGCUGUUAACAGCACAUGCAAAAUGUUUGCACAACAAUUUGUUGUCACUGAUAAUAUGCAGAACCCGUAA